AUGGAGACUGGUGACCCGACACCACUUAACGACGUGCCGUGCCAGGAAGCAGAGGAAUGGGCGGAUGGGGAUGCACGUACUCGCAUGGAGGAACGCGCUGAAGCUGCUGACGUGGACGGAAUGACUGAGAACGUGGCUUUGAUAGAUGAGAGUAUGGCGGACGCCUAUUUGGACGAUAAUGACCAUCUCGACGACGCGAGCGACGACGUCGGCGAUGACGGCGAUUCGGAUUUGUCAGCAGACGACGUUGGCGAUGCGGACGACGUUGGCGAAGAGGCAGGCGACAUAGAAGGUGGCGAUGGCGAUGAGAGGCCGCGCGGAGUGACUGCACGGACGGGCGGAGGAGUGGCGGAUGGGGGAAGGCGAGAGGCGGGAGGUGAAGAGGCGGAGGUAGCAGGAGAGGGGAAGAGAGAAGCGGAAACAGGUGGGCGUGUGACGGGCGAGGAGCAGAAAGCGAAGGAAAGCGGUGAGCAAUCAGAGGCAGCAGGAGCGAAGGGCGGAACGGAGAGAGGAAAGGUUUCUGUAGCAGCGGAAGCACGUGGGACAGCAGGCGCGCGUGCAGAUGGGGAAACACAAGAAGCACGAGAGGGUGGUGCUGCGGGAGGGAUGCCCUCGCCACACCACGCCCGCAUCGCACAGGGAAUGGCGCCUUCAGCAAAGGGCGCGCCUGUAACAGCUGCAGAGGAACCCCCAGAGUUACCUUCAUCAGGGGAAGCAGCUGUAGCAGCGGCAGAGAUGCCAGUUGCGUAUGUGAAGCGCAUGAUGCGCCUGGAUGGCGAGGUGCGGCAAGUUUCGUCCGAUGCCGCCCAGCUGGUGGCCUCUGCCGCCCACCUCUUCCUCGAGAGCCUCGCUGCUUCUGCCUUCUCCCGCACUCGCUCCGCCCGGCGCCUGACCAUCACCCAGGCUGACGUGGCAGCUGUUGUGCGCUCAUCGGAUAAGAUCAGCGAGUUCAUUGGCUCGUCCAUAUCCUGCCUUCGACACGUCAGCAGCGGUCCAGCUCGUGCUGACACAGCACGGGGGCGGGGGAGUGCAGCAGGGGUGGAGGGGUCGAGGAAGCGGGUGAGGGCAGAGGCAGCAGCGCCAGCAGCAGUGCGGGAUAGGAAGGCACGGUUCAUCACCGCUUUCUUCCUCAAGUCAUAG